CUCUCCACUUUGUUUUGCUACUCACAAAGUCAUAGGUUACUUCACAUUCAGUUCCUGCUCUGAAGAUGAAAAGUUUGGACCCAUCCUGGGGCGAUCGAUCGAAUCUGUGCCUUAACUGCAGGCUGUAUCUGCGCUUCGUUGGAUCAAAACGAAGAAAACUGGGGCUUUUCUGAAGCCACCCCAUCCCACUCACAAAAUUUCCUGGCAACACCCUGGCAGCUAGGAUCGCGGAGCAGCCCAGCGCUGUUCGGUGUCACACAGCAAAGGAGGCAGGGAGCCAUUCUCUCGUUUCCAAGACCUGACAGCUGCAUCUCCGCAUCCCUGAGGCGACUCCCCAGUAGCCCUGUGGACAAGCCUACACCUCCGUGGUCCCCCUCCACUGCUCGAGGGUGUGUCGCUGGGGGAAGCUGGGCACUUCCUGCCCACCCCACAACUCCAGCCUGGCAUGGAGACAGGCUCUCACGGGAAUGGCAGUGUAACGUGGUAGCAGAGAGCCAUGUAUGGUGUGCAGGUGGCAGUGAGUGUGUGUGCAUAUCAUGCGUAUAUAUAUAUAUAUAUAUAUAUAUAUAUACACUAGAAACACAUGAGUAAGAUCUGCACAAGUAUUUAAAUACACAUACACUACACCCAUGUACACAGAAACACAUACACUCGUGGAGGCAGAUUUACAGUAAAACAGCAUUUGAUCAUCUGCUUCCCUUUCAUUUUGAGAGAGCUCCACAGCUGUGCAGGGAACUGGCAGGGGUGUCUGUGUGUGUAUGUGUGUGUAUGUGUGUAUGUGUGUCUGUGUCUUUGUCUGUGUGUGUGUGUUUGUGCCUGUGUAUGUUUAUGUGUGUGUGUGUGUCUGUGUGUGCGUGUGUGUUUGUGUGUGCCCACAGCAGUGCUCACAGUCACACAGCCCUUUCGUUCAGAGCACAGUGAUGAUGUAAGCUUCCUCCCUGCGAGACACGUUUGGAUAAAAUGGCCGCUGCCUCUAUUCACGCGGCUGCCUGGCUGUUUUUUACCCACUCCAGCAGUCAGCAUGUUCUGAGAAUGGCGCCAUCUUCUGUCCUCGACUGCUGGGAGGGUCACAGGCACUUGUGUUGCCCUUGCUACCCUUUAAAGGCAGUUAAACCUUCAAGAGAAUGAGGGUGUCUGAGUGGAAUUGGGAUGGCACCCCCUAUCGUCAGCAAGGAGACAGAAGGACACGUUGGCUAGCACACAGGGAAACAGACAGGGGGCGCUCAGGAACUGUGAACCCUCACAGAAAAGUGGUGGAUGGAGGUGGUAUUGAAACACCUCGAUUCAUUAAUCUCACACAUCCUCACAUUGUUUGAAACCGAUAUAAAUGUGGAAAACAGGUGGAUCCUGCCAUCCUGAGGGUCUCCCAGAUCCAGCAUCUCUGUUAUGAUAGCCCCCAUCACCUAUUAGAAUGUUUAAAACUUCAGACAAGCUCCUUUGCAAUGGGCUUCUGGGCUCUGAUUAAGCAAGCCCACUCACCUCUCGGUUCCGGAAUGCCCACAUCCGACUUACUGUCAGCCACAUCGAUGGGAAUCAACUAAGAUGAGCCAGCUGAGAAUCUCCUUCAUUUCCUUCAGAGCGGAGAGAAACAAAGGGCUUUGUCUCGUUACCACCGGGGUAUCACCGGAGAGGAUGGUCACUGCCAUAGGAUCCUCUGCCUUCUUGGGGAUCGCCUCUUGUCAUUUUGACAGGCUGAAAUGCAUUGCUCAGCGGGAGAUCCGUCUUUGCCUGUACUGAGAUAAUGCUGGUGGUCACAGAUUUCUUUGCUUAACUUCUUUUCCUGAGAGAAACAGAAAAAUAGCACAGAAACUGUGGCCCUGUUGGUAGCCCCCUGGCCUCGCACCAUGGGGGCUGUGGGUUUGAGUCCUGCCCACAUUUCCCAUGACUGGUUGGUUCCAUUCCUCAACUCUGUCUUCCAUAUUACUCUCACUGUGUGUCCCAGCAAUGGCCUCAGGGCGGAUGGCUCAGUGGGUUAGGGUCCUGUGCCUGUUAUCAGAAAGUCAUUGAGUCAAAUCCCUGGGUCAGCAGAGUGAUGUCACCACUGGGCCCCAGAGUAAGGCCCUUAGCCCCCAACAGCUCCAGAGACUGGCUGAAAUAGUGUCUGCUAAAUAAUGUAAAUGUAAAUGUUUCCAGUAGAAAACAGCUUACUUUGGAUGAACAUGCUACAGGGUAGUAGAGUUGGGGGGGGGCUCUCCAGAUUCGUGUUCCCACCUAUGAUGCACUAUGCCCCCUAGUGACUCUAGUAUGACUUUACAAGCUUGUGCCACACUUCCUUUCAGCUCGGCCCAGGUAGAACAGGCAAAACCCCAGUACUGCAGGAGGGGUACCGCAACUUAAACAACCCAGCAGACCCACAGAGGGCACGUGGUGAUGAAGAGCACCCUCCCACGGACCUUCGUAGCAUCAUUGCACCUUAUUACACAGCACAGGAUUGGCAUCGACGCAGACAUACGGAGGACAAAAAUAACACACUUUUUCAUACUUAAACCAAAUGGACAUAUCGAUCAUUUGGUGGGGGGGGGGGGUUCAAGCCGGAUUUAAUAGUCUCUUCCCUUGCUCAGCGAGAGUUCACUGUUUAUCUGGGACAUAUGUUAUUGAUUUUACCGUCUCCAUUUGCCAAACUCUUUCUGAAUGAAAAAAAAACAAUGAUUCUAGACGGCAUCUGGGUAAUACUAAUGAAAAUAAUGUUUCAUCAUUUCUUUUUUGCCAAAGAAAAUUGGAAAUGGAUGUCCUGCUGCACGUGGAUGAUGGGGGUAGAAUCGCAAAAGGGUACACACUGCCCUCUGGUGGCUGACGAGGGAAGCAUGGGCGGUCGCAAGGUGAACUAAUUAUGCUUUUGGGGGGAUCCCAGCCCGAUUUACAGAUCUGUCUUUCAUUAGUUCAGUGGCUCUAGAACAGGGCUGAUACAGAUCGGGAAACUCGGGAACAAGUGGGGGCCCACUCCAGAGAUGGCCACAUGUUAGAAGCCUAACAUGUUAGCAUUCAGGUAGUCCACUUUAUUGCUCACCUGUUCUUUCUGCACAGUAUCGGUUGAUACACUGCUCCCCACCACCCCACACCCAACCUGGAAACAAGGAAGGUUGGUCUGAAACCUGAACAGAACACCAGGGUGUCAUCCGGACCAGCGGGUCAACAUUCCAGCCAAUCAGGACCCUCACACGCCAACCCCAGGCUCUUAAUCACUAUUUUAAAUGGAUUUUAUGUCUGUCAUUCAUCCUGCAUGACGAAAAAUAUCAUCCGGCCAGUGCCUGAUCAAUACGCCCCCACCCAUGACUCAUAUGGCAGUGUCACUAGUGGCAGCCCUACAUAUAUGUGACUCUGGGCGGCGUCACACCUGCUGACUGGCAGCCAAGGCUUCAACUUCGAUCUCCCCCCACAACCUGAUAUACUUGUAUAUGCCUUGGUGUGUGAACCACCAAGGCAUAUACAAGAGCAGGGUCACAGGAAUACUGGCUGAAAGCUGAUUGGCCCCUACCCCUGUUAUUCACUGAUUCAAAAGACAUUGGCUAAUGAUAAGGUCGGCCCCAUAGCAUAAAUUGUCGCUUCUCUUAAGCCCCCACGGGGUGUCAGUGACUAUGUUCUGCAGGUCGCUUACAGCCCAGAUAAAAGCACAAAAGCAACAGCAGCCUUUAAUUUCGAUGACCCUCAGAGCAGCGUAGUGAAUUAAAACGAGCCACCGUGCAGCUUUUAUCAUUUUUGCACACUGACCCAUUUGUUGCAGGGACAACCGGGCAACCGGAUGAUUGUGAAUUCCCAUUGGCUGGUCCUGAGCCCCUCCAUUCCUUGGAGGCCAAUGGGGAGAGCCCGUGGGAUGCGGGGGGGCAAUCACUCGUACUUUCAGGCAGGUGCUUUGAUAAAAUGGUCUGUCUGCGACCACUGCAGCCUAAUCAGAUUAAUGGAGAAUGGGGGGGGGGGGUUUAAAAAUUAAUCUAACAGACCAUCCAUCUCUACUUGGUGGCACAAGCCAUAGAAUGGGAGCAGGCUCUGCUUUUUCCAAAAAAAAAAACCCAGCUUGGCACCAGAGCACGACCUGGCAUGGUCCAGAAACCCAAGGCAGGCACUUAAAAACACCUCCCCCUACCUCGCCCAGCCAGCCAUACAUUGGUUUAGCAUCAGUCCCAGAAUCCUUUCAAGAUCCUUUUAUAUUUAUACAGAUGUUGUUUUGCGGGUGCAGUCCAGCUUAAGUGCAUUAGGAAUUUUCUUUGAAUUAUGGCUUGCCUAACCAUAAGAGACAAAGCAAACAAAAAACUAUUUGUAGUAAGACUCAAAUGCUCCUUGGUGCACUUUACAUUUAAACACCUGGUUAUUUCUUUGAUAAACAAUUUUAAAGAGGCCCUAUUAUUAUUUUCUGGUGUUAUCCUUUCCUGUUAUAUAUCUUUAUGUGCAUGUAAACGAAACAGUCUGCAAAGUCUUAACGCCCCAAGUACACACCCAACUCUCACCACAGAAACUACUCUUCUCUAAUGUGUCUAAAAUGCCUCGUUGGAAUGCCAGCCCUUACUUCUGUGACAUGGUGACGUCACCUCGUGACACAAUCCUUAAUGGCCGACUACCUCCACGGGAUGAGGGCAUGCUAACGAAACUAUUUAAAAGAAAAAUAAUAAAAAAAUAUAUAUAUACAAAAAUACUUAGCAAAUAUUAAAGUGAAACCCAAGAAAUGGAUACAGUCGGUCUGAAGUGUGCGUUCGGGGUCGUGAUGACAUGCGUCAUUCUCCUCCUGGGAGGCUUCCGAUGGGAACUUCGCAUAAAAACGCCGUAUUUUACAUGUGAAAGGGGUAAGUGGGGUGCUAUGAUAAGCAGUACCAUGCUUAGAAUAAUGAAUAAAAGGGCUUACAGUAAAGCUGGCCAAGAAGCAGUGGUCCUUAUUUGGGGCAGCUGAGGUCUAAUUAAGCCGCUCGCCUGUGCGUUUGGAGCGCAAACCUUCAUUGCGCUCACCGUGCAGCAAUCCACAGAAACUUAACACAGAUAAAAUAGAGGUUUACUCCAGUGUGUACAGCUCAGUGCUUCAGUAAAGGAUGAAAAUGUCCCGGUAAGCAUUGGAACAUCUUUUCCCGGAUGGGGGUCUGUUCCCUGCUUUCCCGUAAGGGAUGAGGAUGCUGGCCAGGGUAGAGAUGUUAUGAUGAUUAAUGACUGUGAGGCAGCGGGCUGGGCUGCGGAGGGGGGGGCGCUGUUACUUGGUCUGAAAGCUCUAAUUGCAUCAGGCUGCUGGGUAAUGAAGGCAGUGGCUUGACAGCUGCAGGUUCGCGCCACAUGAGCCGGAGACGGCGACCUGCUGAGCCCACCCGCCAUGCUCAACAAGCAGAAGGGGAACCCUCAGUGCAGUCCUUCAAGGAAGCGGGCCCAGGUGCAGCAGCUGCACCUUCACCUACUCAGGUAAGACAUCUUCACCAUCCAGGCCUUUGUGAAGAUGGCAUUCUUCCCAUAUACUGUAUUCUGCUAUCUGUAUUUAGCAAGGAAAUAUACUGUAUAUAUAAUGUACUAUAAAUAUGCAAUGAAAUAUGUAUUUUUCAGUAUAUAUGGGUUGGUUUCCCAUCCUCGGUUGUUCCUUGCCUUGCGCACAUAGCUCCGGGAUAGGCUCCGGACCCCCAUGACCCAGCACAAGACAAGAGGUUAUGGAAAAUAAUUGAUGGAUUGAUUAUCCAGUGUAUAUUAAAACCAACAGAUGAAAGUUGGCGACUCAUGUUUGGGGUCUUGCUGAGAUAGCCCUGAUCAUGAGGUGCCCUGACAACUUCGGGGAGUGUGACCAAGAGGAUGGAUGAUGCAAAGUGGCUCAUCGACAGGCGAGGCGGGUUUCUCGAGUUUUUGGGGCAGCAUACCCAGUCCUCCCAGUGGACUAAACUUCCCCCGACAGUGUGUCUCCUCCAGCAACACCUCAACCAGCCUCAUCCUACUGCUGACCUUCCCUUGCUCUCUGUCUUUUACCUCCAUUCUGAUGGUUUCAAUUGGCAUUACUGGAAGCUCUGUUGUAUUUCGCACCUACACUUAAAUCCUACUCAGUUCUUUGGGCACUAUUUAUUUGAAUAGUUUUACUGCUGUUAAGUUCUAAGCAGUCUUUGCUCAGCUUUUGUUCUUCUCUUGAUGCUGGUCACUCAUAGGAAGCUCAAACUAGCAGCACUGGUGCCCCUUUGGCUCCUUGACCUGCUUGUGAUGUUCUACCUGCCACACUUGUACGACACUAUGAGAUUUCACUAUGAAACAUGUGUCACAUAUUGACACACACUCCCAGGGAGUCUCCUGCCCUCCCUCCUGUGCUUCCUGCAGGAGGCUCCAGGCCUCUGGAUAAGUGGUUACAGAAGGCGGAUAGAUGGAUAUUGUGACAUAAUCCUAAUGAUAAUGGUUAACACAACACCAUUUCCCAUAAACAAAAUAAGAUCCAUACAUACUUGCAUAUAAAAACACUUAACGCAAGAAAAUACAAUGCAAACAAAAGGCGAAGAGAAAAUGGAAAACUCAGGUACUGAAACAGCUUGUUGUAAUGAAGAUUUUCACAAGGUCGGCGCUCUCCUAUCCGCAUAAACCAAUCCCACAUUCUGGCCCUAUAGGAUGUGAAGCCCCCAGGUAAUCCGUUUAAUCCCCACCAAUAAUACGUUUAACCCUCCCCCAGGUAAUCUGUUUAACCCCCCCCAAUAAUCCGUAUAACCCUCCCCCAGGUAAUCCGUAACUGGCUAUUUCAUUGCUCGAGACCCAAACAUGUUUUAACAUCUAAAACAUGACUCUGAAAGGGUCGUUGAUUUGUCAUUUGGGUUGGGUUCUGAACUUGUGUUUGCAUGUUCUCUCAUUAUAAAAUCCUUCAAAGGCCAACGGCAACACAGUUUGUGCUGUUCCCUGUGCUCAUACCAUGCUGUUUCCCACUACUGCUUCCAGAACAUUCCAUGGACAUCUGGUUCUUGGUUGUUUUCUCAUUCAUCACAAUCCUUUACAGCAACAUUACCCUCGUGGUGUGAAGCAGCACUUGCCCCCGUACAAUAGUGCCCCAGAUGCCCUAGAUCUAGGACAUCCCCACCAACCCUGCCAACCACUGCCAGAGCUUUGCUGUGGGUCUGGAGUUGCCCUCUCCAUCUUCACACCCUCUAGUGGUGAACAGGUAUAUCAACAGCCGACUGAGGGGCCUGAUAAAGCAACUGAGGGAUCGGACUCGGUCAUCAAACUGUAUGCCUCGUCCCCGGAGCACAGCCGCCCCCAUCACACCAGCUUGGAGAAAGCGGCACGUCCCGGAGAAAGACGAGGAAGAGGAGGAGGGAGGGGAUGAAGGGGCGACCGCCAAGGAGGGGGAGGUUAAAGUUGAGGAAGCAAGAAGGGAGGCGGAUGGGAAGAUGAACGAGGAGGACAGGGAGGGCGGCCCGGGGGACAGAGCGGCAGGCCCAGCCCCCCCUCUCUCAGGCACCUUCUGUCUGCUCAGGCCGCUGGAGGAGAAGCUGGACGCAUGGCUGGGCGAGACCCUGGAUCCCUUUACAGACCGCAGGUAUCUCUCCUGGCUCGGCAUUGUGACACUCGCCUUUGGCUACAACAUCUGGCUCAUCCCAGCGCGUGCGGCCUUCCGGUGCCAUACUGAGUGCAGCGCCCCCUUGUGGUUCUGCUGCGACCUGCUCGCCGACACCGUGUAUGUCGUUGACAUGCUUUUCAUCCAGCCCCGGCUGCAGUUCGUCAAAGGCGGCGACGUCAUCGUGGACAGGAUUUUUACGACAAAGAACUAUCAAGACUCCACGAGAUUCAAGACUGACCUCAUGGCGAUCCUUCCCUUUGAGCUGCUCUAUCUUCAGUUCGGCUUCAUGUCCGUCUUCAGGGCCAAUCGCAUGCUGAGACUCAGAUCAUUCUUCGAGUUCAGCGACCUUUUGGAGAGCAUGAUGACGAAAACUUACAUUUGGAGAGUGAUCCGGACCAUUGGCUACCUGCUCUUCAUCCUGCAUCUGGACGCUUGCCUGUACUACACAGCAUCAGAGUACGAGGGCGUGGGCUCCACCCAGUGGGUCUACAAUGGCGAGGGCAGCGCCUACCUGCAAAGCUUCCUCUAUGCGGAGAAGUCCCUCCUCAUGAUCGCAGAGCUGCCCUUGCCUGACACUUUAUUUGGGCUGAUGUUUCAGAUGAUGAACUACUUCAUAGGAGCUGCCUUCCUGUCUACGUUUCUGGCCCAGAUGAGGGUUGUCAUCAGUGCUGCCACUGCCCACCAGACCUACUUCCGCAAAUCCAUGGACAAUGCGGUGACCUACAUGAACACCAACAAGAUCCCCAAGCUGGUGCAGGACAGAGUGCGCACCUGGUACAUGUACACCUGGGAGUCCCAGGGCAUGCUGGACGAGUCAGAGCUGCUGGAGCAGAUGCCCCUGGUCAUGAGGACGGCCAUCGCUGUGGACAUCAACCUCAGCACCUUCCAGAAGAUCGAUCUCUUCAAGGGCUGUGAGGGGCAGAUGCUGGUGGAUAUGCUGUUGCGGCUGAAGCCCGUAGUGUAUCUCCCAGGAGACUUUGUGUGCAAGAAGGUGACCGGGAACAUCGGGAAGGAGAUGUACAUUAUCAAGGCCGGGGCUGUGCAGGUGGUGGGGGGGGACAAUGAGACGGUGCUCGUCACGCUCAAGGCUGGAUGCGUCUUUGGGGAGAUCAGCCUGCUGCAGUCCGCACCCAAUGGUGGAAACCGACGGACAGCCAACGUCAUCGCCCAUGGCUUUGCCAACCUCUUUGUGCUGGACAAGAAAGACCUCAACGACAUACUGGUGCACUACCCAGAAUCGCAGAAGGUCCUGGCCAGGAAGGGGAGGAAGCUGCUGAUGGCCAAGGAUCUGGCAGGGAGGGGGCAGUUAAAGGGGCAGGUCACACCCAUGGUCUGCCAAGUGGAGAGACUCCAGGUACUGCUGCAGAAGUCACCUGCGUCUCUGCAGAGGGUGCCCAAGACAUUCAGAUCGAGUCAGAACUAGUUUGGCUCCACAAAGAAGCCCAGCACAUCAAUGAAAGGGUUUCAGGGCUGAGGAUUCAUCCUGGAGGCCUCAGCAACAGGAAGCGGCCAGCGCUGACAUAGACUGAAUAAGGCUGCCUCUGUGGCCCUGAAAUCGGGUCACAUGGUCCAACCUGUCACUCUUAUCUCUGUAAUUCUAAUUUAACUUUUGAACAUUUAAUUUAGUUUUCUGUCCCCCAAUUUCUCAUUAGUUAGUUCAGUUUAUUUAUGCAUAGGUAAAACGAGAAAGUAUGAUUUGUUUUUAUUUUUCCAGGUUGUAACCUCUAAUGACGAUGAUGAGAACAGCGCCCUCUAGUGAACAUCCCUCAGGUUUAUACUUAACCUUGGCCCAGGACUGGAAAAGAAGUUAUGGAAGAUUGAUUAAUGCUUAAUUUCCUUUGCUUUUUUCUUUUGAAACUUGCAUCAAUAAUUCUGGCCCCUUUCAUCUAGCCUACCCUUUACAUUUCAAAUGCUUGUUUUGUAUUUAGGACUAUUUUAAAGAUAAUGCUUUAUUGGCCAUUGCACAAGUACUAUAUAAGUACAGGUACAUAGAAAUUCAUCUCUUCACCUACCCUAUUCUGCUCUCUAUAGCUCAGGCGUUACAGCACGGUGUCAAUCAUUGUGUGGUGCCCCUGGAGCUGGGGCUUAAGGGCCUUGAUCAAGGGCCAACGGACAUGUGACUGAUCUGACAAGGCCAAUGCUUGAACCGGCAACCUUCCGAUCACAGAAUCUUAGUCCCCUGAAUCACUCACCACCCAAAUGUGCAUUCAAGAGCCUGCCAGUCAGUGGCCACAGUGUCAGGCGGGAUGUUUACCUGUUGGGUGAAAAGCCUCUCACAGCUGGAGGAAGGUCGUUUGUGACACUGAAGUCUGCAGCACCGGGAUGUCCUGUGUGUGCUGAGGAAUAGAGCUUCUGAAAGCUCCAGAAAGAACCCGGGAAUCCUGAGUGGAAAACUCUUUCCGGCACUUUGUUAUGCUUUGAUCCAUGAGAAACUGCCCUGCACCUUCACGCUCGACUUGGCUCUUUAUUUAUUUGUGCAUUUCAGCCGAUUAAACGCUGAAAGCAUUAUUUCAUUGUAACAGUGGCUCAGCAUGCAGAAAAGCAAGAGUUUGCAGUAUACUGGAUAAUAAUGUAAAACCAACUGGCAGACUGACCAUUUUCAGAUUUAUGAUGUAAUAUGCAUUGCUUUGAAUGAUUUAGUUUUAGUCAUGCAGUUCUUCUGGAAGAAAUUAGCAGGUGGGUCCAUCUAAAGCAGGAGUGGGCAAUUAAUUUUCCCAGGGGGCUACACAUGAAACUGGCAGUGUUGUGGGGGGCUGGACCAAUAGGCUGAACUCAAUUCUGCUCUACAUUAAUUUGUUCCCUUUAUAAACUGUAUGGUUUUGAUUAGCUGCUACUGGUAAGAGUAUGUGUUACAAUAAAGCAAUAAAACAUGGA